ACCAAAAAACAUAAUGAACACAAUUCGUCCUUGCGGCUGCAAAGGAGUACGGACUUGUUUAAAAUGUGAACAAGAUUUCGGCAUAGAGAAACCCAAUCUAAAGGAUGUAUUUGAAAAACUGGAUGCAUGGUCAUGGUGUAUUAAAUGUGAGAAACUUUAUCCCGGCUGGAAUACCAAAGAUGUACAAGAACAACAUCCAGAACAUAUGCAGUCCAGUGGUUUAAAUUUGCCAGGUAUUGUGGUGCAAACAGAUUUUAUUUCCCCUGAUGAGGGACAAAAAACAAUGGACGAUUUAGAUGCCUUGCCAUGGUGUAUAUCUCAAAGUGGGCGGCGCAAACAAAACUUUGGACCAAAAACAAAUUUUAAAAAGAGAAAAGUACAAAACGGUACUUUUCAGGGAUUUCCAAAGGUCACAAAAUACAUCCAGGAAAAAUUAAAUGCCGUACCGCUGCUUAAUGAUUUUCAGACUAUAGAACAAUGUUCUUUGGAAUAUGAUCCCACUAAGGGAGCAUCAAUUGAUCCCCAUAUAGAUGAUUGUUGGAUUUGGGGAGAACGAGUGGUAACUGUAAAUUGUCUGGGUGAUUCUGUGCUAACAUUGAAUUUGUACAAAGAUUGUUUGGACAAACCUUUAAAAAAUAUUCCAAAAUACAAUUUAGAGUUGGUGCCAAUAUAUGAACAUCAACUCUUGGAACCGCUAAUGGAUAGAGAGAAAUUGAAAAUAUUUGAAAAUAAAAUAAUAAGAAUACCAAUGCCAUGUUUGUCUUUGAUUGUUUUAUAUGGACCCGCCCGAUACCAAUUUGAACAUUCAGUUCUGCGCGAAGACAUUCAGGAGAGAAGAGUUUGCCUGGCCUAUAGAGAAUUUACACCAAUGUAUUUAGAAGGUGGACAAUCACACGAUAAAGGUGUUGAGAUAUUAAGGAAUUCUAAAAAUUGUUGGUAG